AUGGGGCAUCGCCGCUGGUUGAAUGCGAGUCACAAAUUUCGAAAAGAUGGUGCGUCGUUUGAUGGAACUUUUGAAUUUGAACCAUGUCCAACUCGGUUAUCGGGGGCUAAUGUGUUACGACAGCUAGGGCCUAAGCAUCAACCAACUAACAGACAAAAAAGAACUAGGAAAGGAAAGGAAAAAGAGGACAACGAGGGGGAUCAUAAUUGGAGGAAGAGGAGUAUUUUCUUUGAGCUUCCAUAUUGGGAGCAUAAUUUGAUUCGCCACAAUCUUGAUGUAAUGCACAUUGAGAAGAACGUGUGUGAUAAUGUAUUGUGGACGAUAUUAAAUGUUGAUGGGAAAGGAAAGGAUAAUUUAAAUGCUCGUCGAAACCUACAAGAUAUGGGAAUUCGAAAGGCAUUACAUCCUAAAAAAGGGGUUGUGAACAGGCAGUUGUGCUCCAAAACUCUAGAGCUAGAUGGGUUAGAUCGUCUUCAAUCCCAAAUUGCUCUUACACUUUGUCAUCUUGAGAGAAUUUUUCCUCCAUUCUUUUUCGAUAUAAUGGAGCACUUGCCUAUUCACCUAGCAGAGGAGGCCAAGAUUGCCGGUCCAGUGCAAUAUCGCUGGAUGUACUUUAUAGAAAGGUAUCUUAUGACACUUAAGUUAUAUAUGCGUAAUCGAAGUCAUCCAAAAGGUUCAAUUGCAGAGGGAUACUUAGUUGAAGAGUGUAUGACCUUUUGCUCAAGGUACUUGGAUGAUGUCGAGUCAAAAUUGAAUCGACCAAUAAGGAAUUACGAUGUUAGCGACAAUCCCGGGAUAUUACUGGGUCAUGCUUUAGGAAAAGGAGAAGGGUUUGCGCUUGAUAACACAUCAUGGGUACAAGCUCAUCGGUAUGUGUUAUUUAACACUGCUGCAGUUGUCCCAUAUCGAGAGGAGCAUCGUGAUUUCAUUAAGCGGUCACAUCGUCGUCUCAAAGAUUUUGAUAUGGAUCGCCGUCACAAUGAUGAGUUUCCCAGAUGGUUUAAUUCUCAUGUUGAAGAGCUUCUAACUAUUCAAAAUGAUGUAUUGUCAGAUGAGAUUAAAACUUUGGCAUUGGGACCUAGUAAAAAGGCCAUGAGAUUCAGUGGGUAUAUAAUUAAUGGCACUAGGUAUCAUACGAGGAGUCGUGAGUGGAGAAGAAAAACUCAAAAUAGUGGGGUUAUGGUGAAAGCAAAGACUUGUAGCUAUGCAAGUACCAGAGACAUGAAUCUUGUGGAAGGUGAAGUAGCAUACUAUGGAUAUGUGACAGACAUUAUUGAAUUGUAUUACUCAUACGACCGUAGAUAUGUGUUAUUCAUGUGCGACUGGAUUGACAACAACAAAGGACUGAAGCAGGAUGGGUUUGGUUUCACACUUGUUAAUUUCAAUCAUUUGUUAUAUACAAAGAAACAAAAUAGUGAUGAGCCAUUCAUCCUAGCAUCUCAGGCACAACAAGUUUUCUAUGUUAAUGAUCCCAUUGAAGCUGAUUGGGAUGUUGUAGUCAAGAUGAAACCUAGAGACUUGUAUGAGGUGUGUGGAGAACAACCAAUUAAUGAUGGAGAACAUCACAAUGAAGUGGAAGGAUUUGGCGACCAGGGGUUAGAUGCAACUUCGUUUGCUUGUGAAGAGGACAUAAAUUGGGUUAGACAAGGUGAAGUUGGAACAACUAUUGAUGAAACUAUUGGACCUCUUGGGAUAUCGACACAGACACAAUCUGAAGAUGAUGAAGAAAUGAUAUGA